AUCGAGACCACAAUGCUGCCUUCAUCGCGUGCGGUUCUCCGAUAAAAUUGGCGCAAGGCACGAAGGGCAUUCACUGGAGGGCCAUUGAGAGUGUAAAGAUCUUAACUGAUAAACGAUGUACGUUUUCCACCGAACCGUACAUUCCGGAAUUCCGAUAUGGGAGAACGCGUCCCUGUAUUUUCCAAUCUUUGUCGCGUGAACUCCAACAUCGCUGAAUCGUAGUUUUCGACUCGAGGAUCCUCGGUUCCCCUUUCAACCCUUUUCAAAUACGCUCUUCUUCUCUUUGCAAUUCGUCACAUUUUAUCUUGAUCUUUUGGAUUUCAUGUCUCCGAUAUCAAAAGUUGAAAAAAAAAGAUCUGUGGGUGUUUGAAAGUCCAGCGAUGGAUCGGACUUCUGCCACAAUUCUUCCGAAUGAAUCGAUCCGAACAUAAAAAUUCCUUUGGAUUCCUCUGGAAUCAUUGAAAUCUUGUUUCUUUUUUUUUGUAUUUUAUAGAACGUCAUUCAAAACAAGUUCUUUAGAUUCAGGAAUCUUGGACUCUCGACGCUCGAGCGUUACUAUUUGCCAGAACGGCAGUCGAUAUCGAGCGAAUCAGCGCUCAAUCUUGAAGUGGCGCGCAGCCCGGAAUUUUACGAGCCCGCUCGUCCUUAUUGCCUGCGUCAGGAGUUCAGUGCACCGCGGGCGCAUCGCGACUCGGAAUAAGAAUGAGCCGAAUCUCUCUAUUGAUUCACCUGGAAACCAAAUCGAUAUCCGUGCGAGGUACAGGCGCUCACUUCGUUACGGAUCGGCCAACUUUCCUUCAAUCGAGUCGAGUUCGUCGUCCGUUUAAGCAAACUCUCUGCCAAAUCCCGCUCCGGAACGCGCUCCGGAAACGAAUUUUUCCACGACCCAAGAGAAAUUUUUCGAUUUUAUCAAGAGCCGCAAUUUCGCGAGAACUCCUCCGCGACUUGAGAGAAUAUUCCGAUUUCGCAAGAAUUGCAUCUGUUAAAUCAGUCAAACUUAACUUUGUGUCGAAUCGAGCACUUUCUCUCGGUCUCUCGGUCGCUCGGAAAGCGCGUGAAAACAUUUCUCAUCGUUGUGGGAGAAUGCGAGAGAUCGAUAUUUUCUAUCAACUUCGCAAAGUAGCGAAGGCUUUCCAUCGUCGAGCUUAAAAAUGAAUAACAAAGUCAAUCUUUUUACGGAGAAUUACGGAAAGGAUUUGGAGGUGCUCGGAGAUCCUUGGGAGUCGAAGGAUGCGGAGAAAAAGCCUGUAGUCCGCAAGUAUCGUACGAAGCAUAUGAAGCAGUUUCCGGAAUUGUACCGAAGCGACGUCUCGAUUCAUCCCAGCUACACCGGUCUGAAAAAAUUGCCUUACCACGUGGUUUGCCGGCAUCGUGUGCAAAGGAUCAGACGACAGAUCUUCCGCCAGCUAAACCGCGAGAUUGAUCACUUCGCGAUGAUUCAGAUGUUCGCCCUCGACGGCGUGAGGAUCGAUCGCGUCUUCAGCGUCGGUAUGUCGCCGAGAUCGAUGAUCAUGCCCGAUCCACUGACGGAGAAAGAGAGACGACGACUGAAUGACCUCCUUCGAGAAACCUGAGAUAUCUUUUCUGCGCAAUUUUAUAUUCUUUUAGAUAAACUGUCUCAUUGAUUUGUACGCAUCCUGCUCUCUCAAGUCUUGCUUCUUCUAGGUCUAAAAA